GCAUUUGCCACAAUGCUCUCACCCAGUGACUUUGCAUCUGCUUCUUGGGAGCUCGUGAUCCAAGUUGACCAUCCAAAUGAAGAGGAGCAGAAGGAUGUCACACUGAGAGUGUCUGGAGACCUGCACAUUGGGGGAGUGAUGCUCAAGUUAGUGGAACAGAUCAACAUAGCCCAGGACUGGUCAGACUUUGCCCUUUGGUGGGAACAGAAGCACUGCUGGCUUCUGAAAACACACUGGACCCUGGACAAAUGUGGGGUCCAGGCAGAUGCAAAGCUUCUCUUCACCCCUCAGCAUAAAAUGCUUCGCCUCCACCUGCCCAACGUGAAGACAGUGCGACUGCGAGUCAGCUUCUCGGCCGUGGUCUUCAGAGCGGUCAGCGACAUCUGCAGAGCCCUGAAUAUUAGAAGAGCAGAAGAAGUUUCCUUGUUAAAGCCUUCUGGUGAAUAUUUUAAAAAGAAGAAAAGAAAAGAAAAAAAUAAUAAGGAGCCCAUAACUGAAGAUAUUUUAAGCGUGGAGUGUUCUCCAACAAAUUCAGGUCCGCCAGUAAGUCCUGGCUUAUACAGUAGAACCAUGACCCCCACAUAUGACCCCAUCAACGGAACGCCAGCAUCAUCCACAAUGACUUGGUUCAGUGACAGCCCAUUGACUGAACAAAACUGCAGUAUCCUCGCAUUCAGCCAGCCCCCUCAGUCACCAGAAGCUCUUGCUGACAUGUACCAGCCUCGGUCUCUAGUUGACAAAGCCAAGCUUAACGCAGGUUGGCUAGACUCCUCACGUUCCCUUAUGGAACAAGGCAUCCAGGAGGAUGAGCAGCUGCUAUUACGAUUUAAAUACUACACUUUCUUUGACUUGAAUCCCAAAUACGAUGCUGUCCGAAUAAACCAACUUUAUGAACAAGCCAGGUGGGCCAUUCUCUUAGAAGAAAUUGACUGCACAGAGGAAGAAAUGUUGGUCUUUGCAGCACUACAGUAUCACAUUAGCAAACUGUCGUUGUCUACUGAAAUACAGGAUUUUAAAAAUGAGUCUGAAGUCGAUGAAGUAGAAGCAGCACUUUCUAAUUUGGAAGUGACCCUGGAAGGUGGAAAAGCAGACAACACUUUGGAGGACAUUACUGAUAUCCCUAAACUUGCAGAUAAUCUCAGAUUAUUUAGGCCCAAGAAGAUAAUAUUAAAAGCUUUCAAACAAUAUUGGUUCGUCUUUAAAGACACGUCUAUAGCCUACUUUAAAAAUAAGGAACUUGAACAAGGAGAACCAGUAGAAAAACUAAAUCUUAGAGGCUGUGAAGUUGUGCCAGAUGUAAAUGUAGCAGGGAGAAAAUUUGGAAUCAAGUUACUAAUCCCGGUAGCUGAUGGUAUGAAUGAAGUAUAUCUGAGAUGUGACCAUGAGAGUCAGUAUGCCGAGUGGAUGGCUGCCUGCAUCUUGGCAUCAAAGGGCAAAACCAUGGCGGACAGCUCCUACCAGCCAGAGGUCCUUAACAUCCUUUCAUUUCUGAGGAUGAAAAACCGGAACUCAGCAUCUCAGGUGGCUUCCGGUCUUGAAAACAUGGAUAUGAACCCGGAAUGUUUUGUGUCACCUAGGUGUGCAAAAAAGCACAGGUCUAAACAGCUGGCAGCCCGCAUCCUGGAAGCCCAUCAGAACGUGGCCCAGAUGCCCCUGGUCGAAGCCAAGCUGCAGUUCAUUCAGGCAUGGCAGUCUCUACCUGAAUUCGGCCUCACCUACUACCUUGUCAGAUUUAAAGGAAGCAAGAAAGAUGACAUUCUGGGAGUUUCAUAUAAUAGGUUGAUUAGAAUCAAUGCAGCCACUGGGAUUCCAAUUACAACAUGGAGAUUUACAAAUAUGAAACAGUGGAAUGUAAACUGGGAAAUCCGGCAGGUGGCGAUCGAAUUUGACCAGAACGUCUCCAUCGCAUUCACCUGCCUGAGCGCGGAUUGCAAAGUUGUGCAUGAGUACAUCGGGGGCUACAUUUUCCUGUCCACCCGCUCCAAGGACCAGAAUGAAACUCUUGACGAGGACCUGUUCCACAAGUUGACCGGCGGCCAGGACUUCUGCUCUGGGUUGGGGCUCAGGAAGAUGGGCUCAGUUCUCUCUUCAUAA